CUUGACAUUAAGAAGGUGAGCCACUGGGGACGAUGGGAUCUCAAUUGUCAACCAGAGAAAAAGCCAAAGUGUCAGCAGAAGAAAAAGCUAUAGUGUAUAUAUGGACUGUUAUGUUGGGCCAACGAGGGAUCAAGUGCGAUAAAAAGGCUCUGCGUACUUUAUUGCAGUGGUGUAGGCAGCAUGGGGUAGUUGCCACCGAAGAAGCUGCUUUUAUUGUUAAAAACUUGGAACAGGCUGGUGAAUUGAUUUUUGAGUCAGCCUCUCGAGGCGAUGAGACUGCUAAAAAUAUCAUGACUACCUGGAGGCUUGUGCUGGAUACCUUGAAACGGCUGAAACCUGAGCAAAAUGCAAAAACAGCAGCUGAGGCACCAGAGGCAGCACCUGCCAAGACACCCAGUGGUAGUGGAGCUCAAGAGGCAGCGACUGGGGGAGCAGGUGCCGCAUCGAGUUCACAGCUGGAAAGGACGGGGGAAAAACUAGAAGGGAAGCGGGUUUCAUCCACGCCUCCCAUCCCUGCGACUCCGCCCGUGCCGCCCGCCCCGCAUGCCACCCCCCCGGUUACCACAAAGCCAGUGUCUCCUGCAACUCCGCCCGUGCCACCUGCCCCGCGUCCUGCAUCCCCAGUUACGACAAAGCCAUUGUCUCCUCCUCUGCCUACGGAUGACCAGAGAGAUGAUAAACUUCUGUUGACGACCCCUCCAGUGCUUGAUAGGCCUGAACACAACCUCGGCAUGGAAGUAGGAGCCAGGAGCCGAGUGGCUCUCGGCGCUGAGAGUUCCAGCAGGGAGUUGCCAGCACCUGGUGUGGCGCGACGCUGCAUCCCAUCGUGUCCACAGCCAAAGCCUGAGAGGCCCAAGGAACCCUGUCUGUCAGUAGAUUUGUGGACUCCUAAGAGGGGAGGCCCAAGUUGUCGCCCCGCUGCUGGCCCUCAGGAGGGUGUUUUGGCCAUGCAACCAGUAUCAACUACUAUCUCAGGAUACGAUCCGGUUAGAUCUUGGCAACUUUGUAAAUUAAUGGCACUUGCUGAUGGGGAUCUUGAAAUGGCUGAAUGUAUUUCUGUAGCAAUGCCCCAGCUGUUCUUGGGUGGCCAACAGCCUGUGAGUGGCAGGACUGGGGCUACUAUCUCAGCAUACGAUCCGGUUAGCUUUUGGCAACUUAUGAAAUUAAAGGCACGUGCUAGUAAGGAUCUCAAAAUGGCUGAACGAAUUUCUGUACCUAUGGUCCCGCUGUCCUUGGGUGACCAAGAGCUGCAAGACAAUGGGACCGCGUCCUAUAUCCCUAUAGUCUUUAAAAUUCUCUUCCAGUUACGCCAACUAGCCACCCGACAUGGACUGGGGUCUCCGGUCGUAACAAGGAUGUUACGGGUUCUAGCUGAAUGUGCGAUGACACCCUUUGAUAUCAAGCAGAUAGCGGGGUUGCUCUGUACCCCAGUUGAGUACGAGGUGUUUGAGUCCACCUGGCAGCGAUAUGCGGAAGAGCAAGGGCUGCAUAAUCUAGCGGUGGCACAGGAAGAUCCACGCUCUGGGGCAGGGGUCCCUCAACUUCUGGGAUUGCCUCCCAUAAAUAACCCCCAGUCGCAAGCACGCCUAAAUCCUUUGAUAUUGGCACAGGCAAGAGAUUUAGGAAUCAAGGCCCUGAUGGAAGUUGGAAAGAUGUCACUGGCAACGCCAACUGAGAGUUUUGCAAAAAUUAAACAGGGCCCCAAAGAGCCUUAUGAGCAAUUUAUAGAACGAUUAAAAGAUGCACUGGAUAAGCAAAUAGAAAAUGACAAUGCAAAAAAACUGUUGAUGUUGUUAUUGGCACAAAGCAAUGCAAAUGAAGACUGCAGGAAAGCUAUAGACCUAUUACCAAGAGAAAAUCCAUCCUUAGAUGAAAUGAUUCAAGCGUGUGCUGAAGUUGGAACUCCAUCUUAUUUGUUAGCUGAUUCCUUGGCAGCUGCUCUAAGGUCGUGGCAAUGCUAUGGAUGCGGGCAACUAGGCCACAUAAAAGCAUAUUGUCCCUAUAGGUACAACUCACUGGGGACACGGCAGCAAUGGAGAGCUGUGCCUGUAGUGGGAAACUGUUACCGAUGCGGAAAACCCGGGCAUUUUGCCAAGCAAUGCUGGUCUAAAUUCCACGCUAACGGACGACCUCUUAGUGGACCAGGAAACAGGAACGCCAAGGGGCGGUGCUUGCAGACACGAGGGCCUUCCUGCCCUCCAGUGCAGGCCUAAGUGACUGGCUCACAGGGAAAACAAGAGGAUCAGCUGGCCUGGAUGUUUCUAUCGCUGGCAUUAUAACUUACAGACUCAUUAAAGGUAUAUAAAAUCCCCCUUGAGGCCCAUAGGCCUGUUGGGAAGGAUUAAGUACAUUACUAUUAGGAUGAUCAAGAGCCAUGUUGUAAGUUUUUUUUGUCCACCCUGCAGUUAUAGAGGCAGACUAUACUGGACAAAUAUGUGCUAUGGUAUCAGCACCUACUCCUCCUAUAGCCAUUCCAGCUAAAAGCUGUAUUGUUCAACUUGUGCCUUUUAAGUCUUGUGUUCCUAAAACAGACUCAAAGCUGUGGGAAAACUGAGGCUUUGGCUCUGCGAGGGAACCUGAGAUAUACUGGACUCAGGCCAUAUCUGAUCGAAGACCAAACGUGGUUUGUACUCUUACAAUGCCUCAGGCAAAUCCAUCCCACAUCGAGGUUAGUGGGAUGAUAGAUGCUGGAGCAGAUGUUACUAUCAAAUCUGCUAAAACGUGGCCUCAAUCACGGCCCACCGUAGCUGUGGGAUCUGUUGUUGCCGGCCUUGGAGGGACCACACAAAGUUACUUGAGUAGUAAGCCUGUGUUAGUUAAAAAUCCAGAAGAACAGACAGCCACAAUCCAUCCCUGUGUUACUGCUGUGCCACUCUCCGAUGGGAAGGGAUGUCUUGUCUGCACAGGGGGUUUGUCUGGGAACAGAUUUGUAACAGGGGCCGCUGUGCUGAAGGGCGUAAAGCAUCGUACAUUACCCUUAAAAUGACUGAUCAAAGGACCUGGGUGUGUUGAUCGGUGGCCCCUUGAAAAAGAAAACCUGAUCGCUCUUUAAUUGUUGGUUAAAGAGCAAUUAAAUCAAGGACUUAGUGAGCCAUCAGCAAGUCCACGGAACACCACUGUGUUUGUGAUUAAAAAGAAAUCAGGGAAAUGGAAGUCAUUCCAUGACUUAAGAAAAAUCAUUAGUUAUGGAAAGUAUGGGUGCUUUACAGCCUGGAAUGCCAGCCCCUACUAUGAUACCUGCUGCUUGGGACAUUUUGAUUGUGGAUUUAAAAGACUGUUUCUUUGCUAUUCCUUUACAUCCUGAUGAUAUCCCAAAUUUGUAUUUACAGUGCUUUCUGUCAAUCAUGCAGCAAAGAAGGCGUUUUACACAUUCAACCAAAAUUGAUGCAAGCGCUUCAAGAGUUUGGGUUGCAAAUGGCACCUGAAGAGGUGCAACAACAACCCCCAUGGAAAUACUUAGGAGUUAAAAUCUUAGAUCAGACAAAACAGCCACAAACAAUUCAAUUUUCAACCCAGAUCCAAACAUUAAAUGAUGCACAAAAAGUUUUAGAUAUCCUCAGCUGGGUAUGACCCUAUUUAGGGUUAACUACCCCACAUUGAUCACCCUUGUUUAAUAUUCUUAAAAGUGACCCUGAGUUAACUUCCCCAAGUGUUGUGGUUUAACAUAGCUUGUUUUUAGUUAAAACCUGUUUUGCCCUUCUCCUAAUCCUUAUCUCUCGACAGAAAAUGAGUAAAUCAUUCUAGUGGGUGCGCUGGCAUUUGGCCAGUGCUAGACCCACUACAGUAAUUGGUGCGUUGGCCAGAAAGCUCGGAUUGGCAAACCAAAAGCAUUGCACUUAAUCGGUGUUUCUGCCCGGUUACUGCAACCACUGCAUCUUUUGGUGGAGAAUGCAUGCAGUUGGUGAAAGCUGUGAGAUAAUGAUUAAUUAGGAGAUAUAAAGGGCAAGGCAAGUAUUAAGUCAUACGUUUAAAUAGAAUGUUAGUGCAAAGUUUAUAUUGUAAUUAUAGUGAAAUGUCUAGGGGUGGAGGUUAGUGUAAGAAAUUUUUUCUUUAGGUUUAGUUUAGUAAUUUUUGUUGUUCUAAGUACAAGUUGAAUGUUGAAUGUAAUUUUGGUAAUUUUUAAAUGUGUUCACACAAAUGGGGGUGGAGAAUGUCGUGGUUAACAUAGAUUGGUUUUUAGGUAAAGAGAAAAUCCAUCAGUUGUGGAAGUGAUUCUCUGUGCGGACUGCUAACAGCUUCCUCUGGGCCCAUCAGAACCAAUCAUCUGGCUAGUUUUGGAUAUUGACACCUUGUUAAACCACCUAAGGAAGCUGAACACACCACUGUGCAAUCACAUUUAAAAAUGAAGAAAACCCAGGAAAAGCUCUCUUGCUUCCAGCUUUUGAACAGGCAACUGGGUUCUGGUCAGGCCAGGCUGCGCUUCACCACAUGGCCCACAUGACCUGGUAGGGCUGGGCCGGGCCCUGCUCUGCUGCAGCACCGGCCACACCAUUAAAACUGGUAAUGGCCCUGCCUGUGUCUCACAGAGAACUCAUCAAUUGCUGCAGUUAUGGGGCGUGUCGCAUCUCACUGGCAUUCCUCAUUGCCCUACAGGCCAAGCCAUUGGUGAGCUUGCCCAUGGCACUUUGAAGUUCAUUCUUGAAAAACAAAAAGGGACAAUGUCUGGUGAAACCCCUUAAAGCGGGGUGGCCAAAGCUCCGUAUACACUGAAUCACCUUAUAUUAUUGCCAACCUCCCAAAACCCUCUUAUUUUAGAUAAUUUAUUUUUGUCAUCACAGUCCUCUAGUGACGUCCAGUUGCCCAAGCCUAAGGUAUGGGUAUGGGACCUUGUUACCAGCAAGUGGGAAGGAACAGUAAUGAUGUUUGGGUAUCAGUUGCUCCAUGCAAUGAAUCAGAUGUGAUUUUGUGCAUCUAUGGCACAACCAGAACCACCUUUUCACACCUCCUUAGUGGGGGUACCCUUGAAUGGCCCACAAAGUAUACAAGGAACACAAAAUGUUGUCAAAAUGCAGUGCUCUUCUCAGAACAAUUGGAAUACUUAAACCCCCUGUAGGGAUCUGUGGGAUGUUUGGGAUGACAAUUUACCUCUUGUUUCACUUGAACCCCAAGAGUUGGACAUUUUAGGGAUGUUACCAACAAAAGGAUGUGUAUUUUUUAAUUACACACCAGAAUAUGAUAUGUGGGACAGAAACGGAGCAGGACAGCAAAAUGUUAUCCCCAAUAGUUUCUGAAUUAAAUAGAUUGGCUUGCUUUUUAGCAAAAAGAGUAAGUGAAGCUUCCUUAAUUUUCAGUGCUUUGGCUAUAGAUGUAGAUAGCGUGCAGCAUGCUGUUGGUUUUCUUUUGUUAGCUCAUGGACCAAGUUGUGAAGAGUUUGAUGGCAGGUGUUACAUGGAAGAUUUUCUGGGGUAGAUCACUGGCUGGAAGAGUUAGGUUGGUCAGGCUGGGUGAAGAGCCUCAUUCAAACCGGGCUUAUCAUUUUUUGUAAUAUCAUAAUUAUUUUGCUCAUUGUGCCAUGUUUGUUAUCCUGUCUGCAAAGGGCUCUGAGAGGAUGAUCAAGACAGCCUUUGUAGUUGAAAUACAGCAAGGGGGAACUGUGAUGGCUGACAGCUGGCCUGAAGGCCUCACAGACACAAGUAACCUUGACCUCGACUUCAUCAGCCUGUACCUGUGGGAAAAGGAAGUCUUUAAGGAAGAUGUUUUCUUCUUUAGGGAGAAAACAAUGAAAAGCUGAAGGACUUAACUGCAAGGAUGAGAACUAUCAAAAGCUGAAGGAUUUAACUGCAAGGAAUGGAUGCUGGCCAAUCUUUGCCGAGCAUGUAUGGAGGCAGCUAUUGGCCAGUGAGCUGGGUGGCAAGAAGUGACCAUCCAAUUGGGAUUGAAUGUGCUGCUUUUGAAAACCAUCUAAAUAUGAACUGUGAACAAUAAAGAUCGCUCUUCCUGCUUGAA